AAUGAUUACCAAAAACACAUGAUGUCCCUCACACAGCUUGAUGACUACAGCCACCUCUUGAUGGCAAUAUCUGAAAAUGAUGUCCCCCGUCUCCAGCAAGUUAUUAAGAUCACAUUGGACAAUGGCGCCAAUGUCCACAAGGUCAUCAACAAGCUAGAAGAUGCCAUUGAGGGUAUAUAUUGCCCCCGAGGAUAUGGUUCCAGCAAUAUUGACAUUGCUACUCUUGUAUAUCAUCUCAGAGGACACCAACUUCUGUAUGUGCUCAAUCAUAAGCUUGGUAUCCCUUCCAUUCGCACUCUUUGA